AUGUCUGCAACACAGAAACAGCAACAUCACGUCGUGAUUGUCGGCAUGCAGUUUGCCGGAUCGGCAGUGCUCAAGGCGCUCAUCAAAAACCCACAGGUGCGCAUCACCAUUGUCGAUUCAAAGGACUACUUUGACCUCAAUCUGGCAACCCCGCGCGUGCUGGUGCAGCCUGCCAUUGCAGAGGCAACGCUGCUCCCGCACGCAACCUGGAUUGCCAACCUUGCUCCACAAUUCGCCGGUCGCGUCUCGUUUGUGCACGCGCGAAUGACCAGAGUGGCAUCGACGGCCAUCACCGUGCAGCUCGUUGCCACCCAGGCGCUGCAGGACAUUGCCUUUGACUUCCUUGUGUUGGCGACCGGAUUGGGUGCCGACUACACCAACUCCUUGUUCAAGGCGACUCGCCUCGACGAGACGAGCGCCAAGCGUGUCGCCGCCUUGCAGUCACACAACGCGCGCCUGCUGCCCGCCAAGAAGAUUCUCGUUGUGGGAGGAGGCGCGGUUGGCGUUGAAGUUGCCGCGGAAAUUGCCACAGACUACCCAGACAAGACCGUCACGCUGGUGCACAGCGGAUCCGAGCUGGUAAAGCUCGACCCGAAGAGCAGCAAAGCAGACACGCACGCACGCAAGUUCCUGACCUCGCACAAUGUGCAACUGGUGCUUUCAGACCGCAUCGACCGCGAUGCUGCCAACCAGGCGGCUGCCCUUGCCAGCCACGAAACCCCGCAGACGCUGAAAACCGAGAAGGGAGCUGAGAUUACCGCAGACCUCGUCAUUGUUGCCCUUCCGCCCAAGGCAGCCGGCGUGUCUGGCGCGCUGUCUGAAAGCUUCCCCGGAGCCAUCGACGAGCAAGGCUUGCUGAAGGUCGACCAGUACCUGCGCGUUGCCUCUGCUGGCAACAACAACAUUUUUGCCGCAGGCGAUGUGACGAACGCCGACGACAAGUUUGCCCAUCGCGCCACUGCAGCUGGUGCAGUGGUGGCAGCCAACAUUCUCGCCACAAUCAAGAAGCCUGCGCAACCGUCGCUCAAAACAUACAGCCGGCUCGCUUCGCCAGUCUUUGCCAUCAGCAUGGGUCGGACCUACGGCUUUGGCCGCCUGCCUCUGCUCGGAUACUCGCAUGGCUGGCUUGUCACGAGCGUCAAGAGCAAGCAAAUGUUUGUGAAUGCUGUGCCCUCGACGUUCAAGAUUUGA